AUGUCCUCACAUGAGUUCAUAUUGACCUUAUGUGACUCUUUAACCCCCUUUUUAUUAGCUGGUGUUACUGUACUAGGCUGUCAAAAGUAUUCAAGGACUGCUAUCCCGAUGCUACAGUUCUGUAUGCUAACCUGCGACGGCCUCAGACUGUACGUACCAUUUCAGCUGUGA